AUUGUCGUUAGUAUGUGGUGAUUCGUUAUGCGUGCGUGAAGAUAAGAUAUGACAAUAUCAGUUAAUAUUUUCUUUCUUCGGAAAUAGAAUCGAAUACACCAAAGCAAGAAACAUGUUCCCCACGGGUUUUAUUAUACAAUAGAUAUUCUGAAUAAAAUACGCAUACUCCCGGAAAUAUGAAAUACGGAACAGACAUGAAGACGUAGAUUCUACAUCCAUCCAGGCUUGAUAAAAUUAAGGAAAUAUUAAUUAUUUGUUCUGUCUGUGAGAAAAAAAAUAAGAUAGUUUACACAUCAUCAAGAUGUGCCUCUUAUAACGGACUCUUAUCUUUAAAUGUCAGUUUCGAUAAAAUACAACAUUUAAUAUGUGAGAUAUACAAAUAUGUCGCUUUAAGAGGCCUAUGUCGCUUUUGGCUACUUCUCUCUAUAUAACGACAUCAAUAAUUGUUAUUGUCCUUAGUAUGUGGUGAUUCGUCAUGCGCGCAUGAAGUUCAGGCUUGAUAAAAUUAAGGAAAUGUUAAUUAUUUGUUCUGUCUGUGAGAAAAGAAAAUAAGUUAGUUUGCACAUCAUUAAGAUGUGCCUCUUAUAACGAACAUUUAUCUUUAAAUGUCAGAUACUUAUAUCCAAAAUGGAGGCGACAUCUUUAAAACUACUUUUCAUUAUUACCAUGGCGUUUCCUGUUGCUAAUCCCAUCGCUUUGGAAGAUUAUGCAAAUUGCUCAGUUCCUUUCGAGCAAAUAUCUACCAAUGAAGUGGCGCCAAUAAGACAUGAUGUUACACUUCAAAUAAAACCGAAGGAAAGCAUCUUGUUAGGCAAAACCGAUAUCACUAUAAAUAUAAAAAAAUCUACGACGAAUAUAACUCUGCAUGGACAUGAUUUGGAAAUAGACAUGGCGUGCACAAUGAUUAUAAGACCUGGUGCAAAGCCGAAGUGUCGUAAGGAGAAUGCUCUACACAUACUGUGGAAAGUAGUGUAUUGUUCCGAAAAUGAAACGAUGAAUCUGAUCUUUAUUGAUAAUAUGUUCCCUGGGGAGUAUAUUUUACAUAUAGAACACUUCUCUCUUUUGAAUAAAAAUGAAAACGAGGUGAUUUUUCCAUACUCUGGGAUAAAUGAAGCUAGGUGGAUGGUCACGAACUUAUAUUCGUCAAAUGCAAUACGAAGACUGUUUCCAAGCUGGGACAAAGGGUCAAUAAAAGAAUACUUAUAUAUAACAGUAGUAUAUGACAAAUCAUAUAACAUUUUUAUGAAUAUACCUACACAAUAUUCAUAUGAUGAAGAAGAUGCGCGAAAGACGCUUUUCUCAGACAUAUAUCAAACUUCUAUUCAUUCCAUCGGAUUUCUGUUUAUAAGAGAUUUGGUAACAAAUAUCAGACAAUAUGACAUAAACUAUCUGUGGCAAGAAUCGAAUGAUAUGGUAGUACUCGAACACGCGCACAUAAUAGCAUUUCAUGCUACCUUACAUUUUAAAUGGGUCAUAAACAUCAAUUUGUCUGAAGUCAUAAGUCAAAUUGACCAUAUCGUACUAACAACUUGCCCGAUGAAGUCCGCGGGACGACUUGGACUAAUUGUUUACAGGCAAAAGGAUGUUACGUACAAGAAAGAAGAUUUUCCUGGUCGACGUAUUGAUAUUGCGAAGCUGGUAUCGUACGAAAUGUCACGUCAAUUGUUCAUCGGUAUAAUGAACUCGCAUUUGAACAUUGAGGAUAAGUGGUUCGAUGAGAUACUUGCGUCCUUCUACAGUUUUUAUAUUGUAGGCAAGAUAUGGUUAGCAGAAAAAAUAAUGGAGCUCUUCUCAGUCCAAAAUCUACAGACUGCAUUAGAUAGUGAUAUUUAUUUAGAGCUCAAACCUACUAUACAUAAAUCUAAGAGCGAUUAUGGAAUUGAUGGUUUACUUUAUCCUUUGCUGUAUCACAAGAAAGCAUUUGUCCUAAUUCGUAUGUUAGUCUAUUUGUUCACUCCGCAAAAGUUUGAUGAGAUCAUUAAGAGAUAUGUACAAUCACGCAACACGAAUUUCUGGACAAUCGUUGAGGAAGUACAUCCUCAAAUAUAUAAUGAGAAAUAUACAAUAAAAGAAAUAAUGGAUUCAUGGUUAACGGAAAUACAUCACCCAGAAAUGCACUUUAUUCGUAACUAUAAUGAGAAAACAGUGACGUAUAAUGCAACAUUUUCUAGUAAUACCUCCAAUUUUAAGAUACCGUUUACUUAUGUUACGACACCGGAUAUAGACCAGUUACAUACUACUGUCUUUUGGUGUGAAAGAAAUGAGACAAAAUCUAUUAGUGACCUUGACUCAAAUAAUUUUCUUUUAGUCAACUUGGGACAAUUCGGUUACUAUCGAGUUAAUUACGACAGCCAGAAUUGGUUACUGCUUGCGAAGUAUUUACAGUUUGCCAACUCUAUACCCAUUCUCAAUCGAGCACAGAUUGUGAACGAUGCAUUUUACUUUACUAUAGCUAGGAAAAUGGGACUUCAUGUCUUCUUCGAUGUUAUAAAGUUUCUAAACAAGGAGACUAGCUAUAUAGUAUGGCACCCAAUGUUUAACAUUUUCUCGUAUAUGUCGACUUUCUUAAAAUCUCCAAUAGGCGAUUUGGCGAAGGUAAAAUUUGUAAAUAUACUGAAUACACUUCUUCAUAAAGUGGGGUACGAAGAACGUGAAACCGAUCGAGAAAUGACGAUGCCGUUAAGAUUACUAGCAAUAAAGUGGGCUUGCGAAUUCGGUCACGAAAAAUGCAGAAAUAUCACUGCCAGAAAAUUAAUCGCGUAUAUAUACAAUAGUGAAUAUAACAUAAUUGCGCAAUGGACAAACUUGAUAUACUGUAUCGGAAUGAUGGACGCAAAUAUGAAUAUUUUGGAACAUAUUUGGCAAUUAAGCGUUCAAGAGGAAAAUAUAAAGAUGUUAGAGCCUUUGACCUGUAUAGAAGAUGAAACUAUCUUAUUACAUUUUUUGCAAUUGAUGACAAAUAUUACCUAUAAAAACAAUGCAACAAAGUUAUCAAUGGGAAAAAUACAUCGUUAUAUUAUUAAGAGACAUAUCGAAAAGCAAAUGGUGCUGAAUUAUUUCUUGAACAAUUAUUUCGAGAUAAUAGACAGAUUUCCCAACGAUUUUGGUACCCACGAUAAUUUAACUCUAAUAGGUGAUAUCAUUAUGAAUGUGCAUAACCAUCUGCCACUCAGUAUGAUAAGCAUACACGUAACCAAAGACUUGUAUGACGAUGGACUACGGGACAAGAUUGAAAAAAUAAUCGAAAUACGACGAGAUCAAAUAUUAAGACAGCGAAGGAAGUUCAAAAUGUUUUACGAAUGAUGUGUUAUAGUGAUAAUAAUCUAAUUAACGCAUAGUUUUCCUAUUAUUUUUACGAAUUAUAAUCUAUUUGUGGACUUAUAUUAUAUAUUAUAUAAAGAAUAUUUAUAGCAUAAAGUAAUAUAUAACGUAUACGUUACAAGAAUCGAUAAAGGAAAUAGUAGAAUAUGCGAAAAAACGUGACGGCUUGAAAAAAGACAUACAGAUUUUUCGCAGAAAAUAUUAUUUUUUAUUUCUUACCUCAUUA